AUGCCCCCAAUACAAAGAGAAGAACAGGUGAUCAUCCUGGGACCUAAGGCUGCUGAGGGCGAGAAUGUUUUCGGAACUUGCCAUAUCUUCACUUCCUUUAAUGAUACCUUCACCCAUGUCACUGACCUGUCUGGCAAGGAAACAACUCAGGAUGUGGCUCAGAGGUGCAAGGAGCUGGGCAUCACUGCCCUGCACAUCAAACUGCGCACAACUGGAGGCAACAGAACUAAGACCCCCGGACCUGGUGCACAGUCUACACUCAGAGCCCUGGCUCGUUCUGGUAUGAAGAUCGGACGAAUCGAGGAUGUCACCCCAAUCCCAUCAGACAGCGCUCACAGAAAGGGUGGCCGUUGCAGACGUCAUCUGUAA